GUCGGCAACGAUUGGACGCGCGCGAUUGCAUCAUCGUGACUGACGGAAAGAAAAGUUCCGCGGGGAAGAAUGAGGGCGGGGCUGCCGUAUAACCUUUCCUUUAAUAAAAGUUUUUGCCAGGGAUGAAAGUAAGAGCCCGUGGCACCUUUCCAACGGUGCGACUGUUCUAGUUGGAUUGCAAGCGUCGAGCCCAGCGGCAUGAGGCGCUACGUGCGGGCCGUGCUGCUGUGUUUGGUCUUCGCCCUCAUCCUCGUCCUUUAUGUUUUCAACGAAAUCGCAGGAGCGGAAGAGGGCGUUCGCGGACAGCCCGCUUGGAAUCGGAGAAAUGGAGGGCGCGAAGCAAGCAGGUGUAAAGAUGUAUCUGUGUCUUUCUGGAAUCCAUAUUGGAUGCUGCCCACUGAUGUUUGUGCAGUGAACUGCUUUUGGGAUUCUGCAUUUAGAUAUGAAAUAGGAAGAUUGAAGUCUACAGGCUCAUCAGAAAAUUCUUCAGAGAGGAUGCAUCUGGCAGUGGUAGCUUGUGGCGAGAGACUGGAAGAAACACUAACUAUGCUAAAAUCUGCUGUUAUAUUUAGUCAAAAACCACUUUAUUUCCACAUAUUUGCGGAGGAUGAACUCCAUGAUAAAUUCAAUAGCUCACUGGAAAACUGGAAGAAGGAAUUUCAUCAGAAGUUCACUCACACGAUCUAUCCAAUUACAUUUCCAGCUGAUACUGCAGCAAUAUGGAAGAAACUCUUCAAACCUUGUGCUUCACAGCGACUCUUCUUACCCUUGAUCCUGAAGGAUGUAGAUUCCUUGCUCUAUGUAGAUACUGAUGUCCUUUUUCUGCGUCCUAUGGAUGACAUAUGGGCAUUUUUUGAAGAUUUCAAUCAAACUCAGAUUGCUGCAAUGGCACCAGAACAUGAGGAACCACGAAUUGGCUGGUACAACCGUUUUGCCAGGCAUCCAUAUUAUGGAAAAACUGGAAUCAACUCUGGAGUAAUGAUGAUGAAUAUGACCCGAAUUCGAAAAAAAUAUUUUAAAAAUGAUAUGACAACUGUACGACUCAAAUGGGAAGAUUUGCUUCUACCUCUUUUCAAGAAGUACAAGCUCAAUAUUACUUGGGGAGACCAAGAUUUACUCAAUAUUAUUUUCUAUUAUAACCCAGAAAGCCUCUUUAUUUUUCCAUGUCAAUGGAAUUAUCGUCCAGACCACUGCAUGUAUGGCAGCAACUGCAAAGCAGCAGAGGAUGAAGGAAUCUUUGUUCUUCAUGGAAAUCGAGGAGUCUACCAUGAUGAAAAGCAGCCAGCUUUCAGGGCUGUGUACAGAGCAAUAAAAAAUUACCCUUUUGGAGAAGAUCCCAUCCAUUCACUGCUAUAUCCACUUGAAAAAGAACUGCAGAAAACUAUGAAUACAUAUUGUGGAAAAAUUCAUCAUGUCUUCACACAAAGACUGCAGAAGAGCAUAAGAACUUUACAGGGAAAAAUUUCGAGAGGGAGGUGAUUUUGUAAAAUCACUAUUUUGAAUGUAUUUUUGCCUUGAACAUUUUGCUUGACUUUUUCUCAUGGUCUAAAUAAGGGAUGUUUUUAAACAUGAGGAGGCAAAUUGAAAUGACGUUACUGACACCAAUCACUCUAUCAGCAUAGGUAUUUUCAUUGAAACCUGGAAGAUAAUUUUUGUAAAUGCACCUAUUAUGUCCAAUGAAGCACUGAUUUUACCUUUUUUUAAAAAAAAGUUGAAGACAAUGUUUACAGAGGGAAGUGUUAUUCUGUCAUAUGAAGGUAUAUUAGGAUUGACAAUCUGUUUAAUGUGUUUCUUAUGAAAUUAUGGUAAUUAAGCUGAAGUUGUGUGGUGCAACAUUAACCAGGAGUAUUGUACGUUCAUGACAAUCAUGUCUUGUAUAGCACUGCAAAAGGUGCUCUUGCUCUAGAAUCCGUUGGAAUGUCUGCCUCUUAUAAUAGUGUGAGGACAUGUUAGCAAAUUAAUUAUUUUUCCGUUAUUGAUGAAUAAAACAAACAACUAAAAGUAGUUUACUUGAGCCAUUUACAAAUAUUUCAUCAAUAAAGACAUUCAUGCUAGAAAAGAUACCAAAUUGGUACCCCUUAUGAAUGAUUUAGAAAAUGAAUGAUUUUGUUUGUGCACUCUAGCUUCUUUGAGUUUAAAUGCAGAAUGUUAAUGUAGCAAAUUUAAAUUUGCACCCUAAAAUAUGUAGAUGCGAUGCCCAGUACUUUUAUUUAAUCAUUUCAACAUGUUAUUGGAAUUUGUCCUAUUGCUGAUAUUGCAGGAAAACUCUUAAGUCCUGUAAUUAAAGAUAACAAAUAUUAGCUAGUUUGGACUGAAAUCUUUUCGCUCAUCACUUGGCAGUCAAAUUACAUUGAGCAGAGUAAAAUAUUUACUGCCUGCUGGAAUGGUUUAUUUUGCAACUUCUGAGAAAUGGAAUACUAUGUAAACAUACCAGACCACUGUAUGAAAUUGACAUAGAUGUAAUUUAGAGAUAAAUUAAUGAGAACUGAG